AUUCACUGUUAGAGCUGAUUGUUAUGUUGUCGAGGGUUGAUCAUGGCAUUGAGACUUAGAAGCAGAUUUGCUGGUAAAAAUCUAAGGUGUAAACCGAAGUUCAAGAUGGCUGAUGAAGACGGCAAAGUUACAACAACACCACCAAAGAGACGUGGAGCCGGUAGCCCUGGUCGAAGUCCUGAGCGAAAACGCAAACGAGUUCAAGCGGAGUACUAUCAAUCGGACGUUGUCGAUGUUUUCUCCAGGACAGCAGCAUCCAGGACACCGACGGCCACCAAGGAGGUGUUUUGUGACAAAGGAGCCUUUCUCGCCAUCAGAAGCUCAGAAGGUAUGCUAUAUUUAGAGGAAAAGAAAACAGCAACUAAAAGAGGUAAAAAGAAAGUUGUUGCUGUGAAGAAAGCGGGAAAAGGACGAAAGCGAGCCGGAUCCAGGGCCGCGGUGAAACCCAAGCCAAAGGCGUCUGCUAGUCUCAUCUCAAACAGACUCAAGAACAAGGCCAAGAGGAAACUGACAACUCAAAAACAGACAAACAAAAAAUCAAAGCCUACAAAGGCCAAGGCAAAGAAACCAGUGAAGAAGAAGUUAAAGAAGGUAGAAAAGAAAGUGAAAGAAAAGAAGGGUAAACAACCACGUAAACACCCUAACCAACUAUUGACACCAAACACGAAGAUUGAGAUCGUGAUGAAGGACCCAUGCUUUGAAAUCAAAGCUGAAAAUGAAAUGCCUGAAGUGUCAAAGGCAGCUUAUGCCAAGCGUGCCAUCCGUGCUGUCCUCACCAAUGACAUGGUGUUGUUGCGCAAGUUGAUCAACGACAAAAAGAAGGUGGCGUCAGUGUUCUUAGACAGAAGCGUGGAUGUGAAAGAUGAUGCGAUGUCGUAUGCAAUCAUGAACAACAACCAGGCAGCAAUUAAACUACUCGGCACAGAAUUAGAAGCAAAUCAAGGAGAUAGAUGUAGGAUUCCAGACAGUAUCUUAGAAACCCAGGGUACAGGAACGUACAACUUUAGAACUUUAGGACAUGCAACUAGGAAAAUUUCAAUGAGCAGAGGUAGCAAAGAGGGUAACAAUGCCUUCACCAAGGAAGACCACCAAAAUAAAGAGGCACAUGAGUUGAGUUCAAAGUAUGCUGAACUAGUUCUUAAGUGUGGGGCCAGCAAAACAACGGCGGACGUCUUAGCAGCAAUUUCCCCAAGUGUUCAGGGUCACUUAAGUUCAAACAUUGUGAAAGGUGUUCGCGAGGGCCAUCGUAAGGUCGCAGGUCAACUAAUUCAACAGUCUCUCAAAGCAGGUGGCAUGGGCUUCAACUUUUUACAUCAGGAGGUUUUAACCUGUAAUAAUCCUGAUGAGUUGACCAAGUUCAAAUCUGUGUCGGUGAAGAAAAAGACUUGGGAUAAUGAUUGUAUCACUCCAUUGCACUGUGCAGCCAUCAACCCAAACCCAAAGAUUCUUGCAAAGUUACUGGACAGCCUGCCAGAAUACAGCCUUCCAGAUAAGAAAAAUAUGAAGCCCAUCCACUAUGCAGCAGCAUGCGAGGGCUCUGGACCACUUGAACUCCUGCUCAACAAAUCUGUCAACCCAGAAGAGACUGACAACCAAGGGAACACACCCCUAAUGGUUGCUGCACGGACUGGUCGUACUCAGAAUAUUGAAAUACUGAUGCGGAAAAUCAAAGCAAACAAUCCAGGGGAGAAAACUGGUUUAAACAGGAGAGGUCCUGCAGGCAAGACCCCCUUACACUUUGCAGCAGAAAAUGGACACACAGAUGCUGUAAAAGCAUUGCACAAACAUGGUGCGGACAUUGAAGCCAUUCUCAACGCUGGCCAUAACAAAGAAACAGCCCUCAUACUGGUCUGCAAGAAUGGUCACUUUGCAACGGCCAAAGCAUUGAUUGAAUUAAAUGCCAUCAUUGAGAAAAAAGAUAAAUUGCAGAGGACAGCUCUGAUGCAUGCUGUUAUAAAUGGCCACUACAAGAUAGUUUGUUUCUUGUUGAGGAAGGGGGCGAACCCCAAUGCAAAGGAUUCCUCCGGGAAUACAAUGGUACACUAUGCAGCAGCAUACGGUUGGUGGUAUUGUUUACGCGUGCUGCUAAAAGCUGGGGGAAGCCCCAACACGCCCAAUGACUGGAAGAUCCCUCCUCUAGGUAUUGCUAUUAUGACUGGCAACCGAGGAUGUGCUGACCUUCUGAUGGAGCAAGACGAUAUGGACAUCAAUUUCAAAGAUGACAAUGGCUUUACCAUAGUUACCUACCUGGUAAAGUCAUCACUUAGUAGCAGCAUGUUAGAGGAGUUAAAACACCUUGUGGAGGAUUUGAAAGCAAGGGUUGACAUGACGGAUGUCAACGGGUGGACGGCUCUUCAUCACCUCACAGAACAAGAUGUAACACCAUCAUAUUACGAUCAGGCAAAUAAUGCUCGAAGUAAAAAGGAAAUUAGUAUAGAGCUUGCAGAGACUCUUCUCAAAUAUGGCUGCCCGUUGUCAGCUAAAACUGAUGACGGAAAGACAGCAGUCAAUCUGGCUGUAGAACAGGAAAACUGCAACACAGAGCUGAUUGAACUGUUAGUGAAGAAAGGCUGCCCCAUCUCACUAAGCACCAGCAAGGAAGAGAACAUUCUACAUACAAUGGUUGAACGAUGUAAACAAAAUAACCUAGCAGGUCUGAUCAAACUUUUUGGAGACAGGUUACAGAAUAGUUCCGAGGACAUCACAGAUGGUGAUGGCGGAGAUAGCAAUGAUGGUGCUAGCAUUAAGUCCCUUGCCCAACAGACUGACAAAAAUGGCCUUACCCCCCUCAACAAAUGCAUAUACCAAUACUGCAAUACCUGUGGCAGACACUCAGAGAUUAAAGAAGGAGCAAAUGUACACAUUUCAUCGGAUGAUCUGGAAGAUGAUGGAAAGGCUUCUCCGCUUGUCCUAGCAGCAAGGUACUCUCAUUUUGAAGUGUUGCAACUUCUGUUGUCAAAGGGAGCAUCAGUGACUGCCAUUGACGAGAAGAACAAGAAAACUGCUCUCCAUUAUGCCGUUUGUUCUAAAAACACUGACAGUGAAAUACUGGCGGUAGUGAGAGCGCUCAUACGCAAAAAGGCCAACGUAAAUGCACUUGAUGUAAACAAACGUACGCCUCUUCAUCUUGCCGUGAACACUAACGAUGGCGGGACAAAUACAACUGCAGAGGUAGUUGAGGUUUUGCUGGAACAUAACGCAAAUGUUUUUGCUAAAGAUGAAGAUGAGUGCCUCCCACUACACUAUGCUUUCUCAAAAAUCGACGAUUUGGAUAACAAUUCGCAGAUGGAUCCGAUAGAAAUGGCGACAACAAUUAUUGAGAGUAUGAAACGCAAUCAGCUGAACUCCAGGAAUGUUCGGGGCCAGACCCCACUGCACCUCGCUGCAUAUCGUGGAGCCUCUAUAUCGGCAAUGUAUAUUGUUGAGAGGAUACAAGAUUAUGAAGUCCGGGAUAAAUUUGGAAACACACCACUAGCUACAGCCUUGCUUGGAGGUUAUGAUAGUAUGUGUAUAAUGCUGAUUCAGAAGGGGUCCAGUAUUAACAUCAAUGUUACUGAAGUCACAAAGGAGAUGCUGAGCCCUCCAAAAAAGGAUGAAGCAACGAAAGCCAAGUUUUGGCAGUGGAAGCCAAGUAUUGUACCAGAAGCUAAACCUGAGGUAAAGUCCUUCUUUCGAAGAGUACUGGAGAAUAACUGGCAAGGAGUGAGCUACCUUGUCAUGGAUCGACUCGACAAGUUCAAGAUGACGUUCCUUCAAGCUGUACAGUGUGCCUUUGAAGCCCUAAAAUUCCAGACAGCUUUAACCAUGAUUCGCAAACAAAAGGACACCCAGAAAAUCUUGGCUGUGAACAACAGAAGCCAAAAUCUGCUUCAUUUGUUAUGCUUGAAUGCACCUCGCAAUCAGGAAACCAACCUACAAGUACAGGUUGCUGAAAUGCUCUCCAAACGCGGCUUGGAUUUUUCUCGGAAAGACGCCUACUCCUGUACAGCCAUCACUUACACCGCUGCUACUCAGAAUAAUGCACUCAUAACUUUCUUUUUCAACUACGACAAUGACAAAUUUGAGAAUGCUAUCAGUACCCUUGAUUCAAUUGGUCGAUUGCCGAUGGCAGCCCUCUUCUACAACCCUACUUUUGAUGAAACCACAAAACAUAUUAUAGAACUUUUUAUGAGAUGUGGUGGCUCCCUCAACAUUCGUAGUCCGAUACCGUACGUGGAUCCAGCCAUCACAAAGUUCAUUCCACAACCAAAGAGCCUUACUGAAUUAUUUCAUGGUACACCUCACCGUAACAUCGAUCAGACCCCCCUCAUCGUUUGUAUUCGUAAUCGUCUAUUCGAUGCUGUUUCUUUCCUGCUCAAAAACGGCGCAGAUCUAAAUUACCCAGACAAAGAUAUGGUCACCCCUCUGAUGCAUGCUGUUAAGAAAAAUGAUGAUGACAUAGUGAAGCUACUGUUAAAUGAUUCCUAUACGAUUAACGGCAAGAGUGGUGCUAGGGCUGGCAACAAUAUGUACGUAGGUCAACCUCGUCUGAUGUGGGGAGUGAAAAAAGCAAAAAUGCCCAGAGGCUAUGGUUUUGUAAAUAGCAAUGAUGAUGACGAAGAUGAAGUUGAUGAAGAUGAUGAAGAUGAUGAGAGCAAGGAAGAGGAGGAUAUGGAUGUGGAUGAGAAUGAAAAUGAAAAUGAAAAUAGUGAUGAAGAUAUGGAUUCUGAAGAAGGUAACGGUGACAAAAAGGAAGAGAAAAAAUUAGCCAAAAAGAAAAAGCAAAUUGAUGAGUUUGUAAUGACAAGCAAAGUUAACUUAAAUGCAACGGAUUCUAGAGCCCGGAAUGUGAUCCACCACAUGAUACACGCCAAAGAAGAAGGAACCUACGAGAACGUAGACAUGCUGGAGCUCCUCGUCAAAGUCGGUGCUUCAUUGGACCAGAAAGAUGCAAAUGGCAAGACGCCAUUAGACUACGCGAUGAGCGUGAGAUCCUCUGAAUUGGCAUCCACUAUUCAGAGACUUCAAAAAGUAGCAAAGAAAAAUAUGGUGAGAACAAUUCACAGAUCUCAAUUCAAGGAGUUCCUGAAGGUGUUUAAAAGCAAGACUGGCAAUAAUUGGAGUGACGUUAAAAAUUUUGAGAAACAGCCAAAGAAGUAUCGGCUAGUUAAUGGUGAACCGUAUAAAUCCAAGAAGGUAUAUAAACAAGAUAAGAACGCUUCAUUAGACAUUACAUUGCCCUCCAAGUUACCCAGUCCUGUUAAAGAUGUGAUGAAAAGUUUGACAAAUCACAAGAUGUACGAAGCAUCAAUGAGAGACAUCCACAUCGAUGCAAACUACUUCCCAACCCGCUAUAUCUCUCGUGAAAUUCUUAUGGAGGCCAAAACAAUACUAGGAAAAGUGCGAGACAAAAUCAAAGAAAUUGACCGCCUUCGCAACGAGAAUUUGUUACAGGAGAUUGAGAAAUACCAGGGCUUGAUGGAAGAAAUUAACCUCCUCAGCAAUGAAUUUUAUGAGCUCAUCCCUCACAUCAACUUCUCAUAUACAAACACAUCACCGCUUACGGAUGAUAAUACGCUCAAGGAAGCUGCCGAACUCAUUGCCAACCUACUAGACUAUGAAGUCGCCAGUAAGGUCAUCCUAGCAGCUCGCUACCGUCAACAAGACGUGAACCCACUGGACUAUGUGUACCGAACACUUGACUGCCAGAUGCAGUUGUUGGAUAAAGACUCAGCCGAAGCGCAGCGCGUUCUGCGAUACGUGCACAAUACAAAGGAUGAUGGAGAUUAUCAAAUCGAAGGCAUAUUCCAUUUAAAUCGAAAAGGCGAGGAGGAGCGUCUGCACCAAACCGACAUUGACAACCAUAUGCUACUGUGGCAUGGGAGCCGGUCGGCGAAUCUGAUCAGUAUUCUGAAAAAGGGACUUUUGGUGGCGCCACCGGAAGCCCCUGCAACUGGCUAUAUGUUUGGAAAGGGAAUAUAUUUCGCGGACACAUUCGCAAAAAGUGCAAAUUAUUGUCACUCCCAUGGUGAUGACAGCAAGUGGAUGCUUCUUUGUGAGGUUGCCUUAGGGAAAAUCUGUCCUAUUAGUAACUAUGGAGAAUAUGAUGAAGACAAAGGCUUGAAAGGUUUUGAUAGUGUCAAAGGUAAAGGUUCAGAGUAUCCUGACCCCAAGGAAACAAUUCAUCUGCCAGAAGGCUCAAAGAUUCCGUUGGGUGAGUUAACUAGGCGUGGAUACUCAUUCCUGAAUUACAACGAGUUCAUUGUCUAUGACAGUUCCCAGGUGUGCCUAAGGUAUUUAGUGCAGUUUAAGUGAAUUGAGCACUAGAAACAUCAGUGGAAAGUGUAGAUAAUAAAGUGGAAUGACAGAAAGGAAUAUAUAAAAGGAAUGGUGAAGUGAAAGCCUGUUGGUGGUAGUCUUAUCACUGUAGGCGAUGAAAAAUUUAUAUACAAAAGUAAAUAAUUACUGAUAGAGACUACUCUCGGAUAUUUUAAACUAUUCAGUAAACGUUUUUAUCAUUUUAAACACUGUACCUAGGGGAAUUGUUGAAUAUAUUUUGUAUAGAUAUAUCUGCAAUACAGAUUUUUUGACAAGAAAUGUUGAAAAACUAUAGAGACUGGCCCUUAUUUUGGAUGGGCAGAUAACGUUGUACACAUUUUAAAAUUCUUUCAACGUAGUUCUGUCAAGUUUGAAAUGAUUAUAAGAUGUUGCAGAACAAAUGUGAAUUCGGAAUUUAGAUGCACUGUAAUUGAAAAUAAUAUACAUUGUUUAACUAAAGCUGAUUGUUAACUAAAAUAUUAAUCAAUGGUGUCCUUUAAUAGACAAAAUAUUGAAAGAAAUUAAAUUUUUAAAUAGAAUUGGUCAUUUUUAAUUCAUAUCCCAGAGUAUAUGGGAGAUUUUUUACCAAAAUAUGAAAAACUAAAUAAUUUGACGACAAUAAAUGAGAAUAUUUGUAAUUUUAAUAUUUUUAUCUAACAUCCUCAUUUGUGUACAUUAAAUAUUAUUUAAAAAUACUUUCUGGCCCUAGUUGUGUUGCUAUGAAUAUAAAAAAUUUGUUUGGUAUUUUAAAAGUACAUCCAUCCAUGUGAAGAAAAAAACCAAUAAAAUGGUUAUAUUGUCGUCCCUCGACAGGACAGGAAAAUUGUGGUCAAUCAUUAAAUGAAAUUUUUAAAGAAAAAUAGGGAUAAGUAUAAAUAUCAUAAACAAUUUAAUACAAUGAAAGUUUAAGAUAAAAAUGUCCAUCAGUCUUCUAUGGAAUGUGGAAUUUAUGUGGGAAAUAAAAGCUUUGUAAUUUGUGUACAGUGUUAGCUUAAUUAUAUAGUGAACCUUCUAUAACUUGUUAAGCCGGAUAAACACUGCCCUCACGGUUGUCAACCAAUGCAGUUUCAUGUGGAAAGCAAGGCGAAAAUCUGCGCACAAUUUGUUUAUCAUGACAAUGCGUUCAGUCUGCCGUCAGCAGAUGGCAUCAGGGGGUCACAGAGAUUUCGUUAACAUUCAUACAGUACAGUGCAUGCCCAGAUUUUUAGUAAUAACUUGUGCAUGAUAUGAACAUAUACAAUGUUCAUAACAAAUUUUAUGAAUGCUAUUAAAGUUUAAUUCUUUUAAAGCACUUGUGAUUUUAAUUGGUUUUAAAUAUAGAAUUUGAAAUUGUGCAUGUUAAAAUUUAUUUUUUAAGAGAUUUAUUAUAUUUCUCCUGAAAUAUACAUUAUAAAUCUUUGUUUUUUAUAUUCACUCAUUCACCAAAUUAGGAAUAAAUUAUAGAUAUAGAGAGUACAUGAAAAUGUGUUCAGAUAUGUGUUGAUAGCAUUAAAGCUUUACAGGGUGAUAAUAAGCCUUGACAUUUAAGUGUUGAUAUUGUGCAUGUGUAACCUUUAACCUUUACUUUAUGUAGACAAACAAUUUAAGUUUAGGGAGAUUUAUAAGGAUAAUCUUUGGAGAUUCGUAUGUAUUGAAAAUGUGUGAGAAUAUUUAUGAUAUAAAACAUUGGUAAAAUUCAAAAUUAAAUUGUAAAGGAUUAUGAGAUAAAUUCAGCUAAUUGUGCGAGAAUAAUUAUGAGACAUUCUUGUGAGAUACUGUACAACAAUUGUUCAAAUUUUUGAGAAUAAUUAUGAAAUAAAACAUUUGUAAUAUUAAAAAUUAAAGUAUGAAUAAUUAUGGGAUAAAACUUUUGUAAGGUUCAUUUUUUCAAAUGUUUUAUGAGAAUGAAAUUAAUUGAAAAUGAUGGGAUUCAAUGAAAAUAAUUGUGAGUUUUAUUAGAUCUUAGAAUUAGGUGAUAGCCCAUUGUAGCAUUGGUUUGUUUUAUAUAAUACUUGCCUUAUUAGUGAAGAUUUAUUACCAACUUUAUUUUUUUUUGCAAUUUUGGAACUACCAUAUUCUGUGGUAGUGUAGUUAUAAUGAUUUUCAUGCAAUAAAUGAUGUAACAAGAUGUAAUUGAAAAUGUUAAUGUAAUAACGAAUGGUAACAGCUGGAACAUCAUGGAACAUACUAUGGCCAUUGGCUUGUGUGUUUAUUCAUGCAGAAAAUUAUGCAUGGUUGUCACUGGUGAUUUCUUUGGUCUCAUUCAUUAGAAAAUGAUUUGCCCAUUCACCAUUAUGUUUUACUAAUGUACUGUAUUCUUCAUUUCAAUUUUUCCUUAAAUUGUGCUAUGUAAUAACUAAUUUUAAUUAAUGUUAAAAACGUUUUAAAAUUGUAAAGCUGAUAGGUCAGCUGUACGUACGUGUUUGCUUAAUUAUUUUGAUAGUAAAGGUGUGGAAUUUGUUUCCAUUGUGUUUGAAUGACAAUAUCAUUGGCUAGGAAAUAUUAUCCAUAUCUUUUGAUCUGUAUAGUAAUAGCUUUUCUUGGUUUAUCUAUUUAGCAGCUUCUGGUAAAUAAAUACACAGGUUGUGAUAUGACA